AUGAGCAUCCUCGUCCUCGGUGCCGGCGAGCUUGGCCUCUCAGUCCUGCGUGCCCUCUCCCAGCAUCAUUUGAUCCAAUCCCACCGGACUCAUCUAUCCGUCCUCCUCCGGCCCUCAUCCCUCUCCUCCCCCACCGCUUCCCAAGCCCGCGUUCAUGAUGAGCUGCGCCGCCUCAACGUCUCACCUAUCCCCGGUGACAUCGUCACCUCCACCGUCUCCGAGCUCUCUUCCAGCAUCAAACCCUUUGACGUGGUAAUCGGCUGCAUGGGCUUUGGUUGCCCCGCCGGAACGCAAGUCAAAAUCGCGCGAGCGGUGCUCGAGGCGGGUGUCAAGCGCUACAUCCCCUGGCAGUUCGGCAUCGAUUACGAUGUUGUCGGCAGGGGGAGCGGGAUGGAGUUGUUUGAUGAGCAGCUGGACAUUAGAGACUUGCUUCGAGGUCAGAAAGGGGGACGGCGAACGGGGUGGACGGUUAUCAGCACGGGAAUGUUCAUGAGUUUUCUGUUCGAGGAGGCGUUUGGUGUGGUGACUGGUCUUCACCUGAGCGGCAGCGAACAUGGUGAUGGGGAGGGGGAAGUGGAGGUGCAGGAUGAUGCCGAGGUCAUGGUCCACGCGCUGGGAAGUUGGGACAGUGCAGUCACGGUCACGGCGGUUGAGGAUAUUGGACGCAUCACGGCGGAGGUGGCGAUGGACAUCAACGUCGAAGAUAAGGUCGUGUAUACGGCGGGGGAGACAAUAAGCUAUGCUCGGCUAGCGAAUGUUGUGGAUGCGGUUACUGAGAAGACGCUUGCACGGGAGUUAUAUACGACCGAGGAGCUGGGAAGGAAAGUGAAGGAGGGAAGUAUGAUGGACAAAUAUAGGUUAGUGUUUGCCAAAGGGAAAGGCGUCUCGUGGUCGAAAGAAGAGAGCUGGAAUGAGCGGAGGGGAAUGCAAGUUGAAGACGUAAGGACCUGGCUAGAACGGCGCCUAGGGGAACACAUGGAUAGCGUAGGAUAG